AUAGAAUUUGGACCGUUCUGGUUAAAUAAGGCACGAAUGCAAAUAAAAAGAAUUCACUGAUAUUUGUUCAAGAAGAUGUAAGAAAUACGUUUUGUGGGGUGAUGUCGCCAUCUGCAGACAGAAUUAACUUACUACACCAGUCGCUUGUUUAUGACGUAAUUCACAUGUGCUUGUUAAUGAUGCGUUCCGAAAAGGACCUCCGUAUAUUUAUUGGCUGCAACAAACACCACAGAACGAACGAAAUAUUAGUUAUAAGAGUUUUCUAGAUACAUCAGAUUGAACAGUUUAUUGUAAGUCAUGUUUGUGCAUGUGCCCUUCAGGUUUUUGUUUAUUGAAAGAUUAGUGGCAGUUUGCACAUGUAAACAAAUCCAUAACAGAAACAGGGAUAUUCUUGUAAAACUGAGUGAAAGGAGUUCCCUUGCAAGAACKUUUUGCACAUCUUCUGUGAGGUCUAACGACAAUGAGGACAGUGAUUCUUCABGCCUGAGCACCAGUUUGACAUCCAGACAGGGUCUGCUGUCCAGGAGAAGCCGACCCCUGUCUCCACUGGAGAGGAUCAGCAGCCUGCUGCCUAAGGAUGCUCUGAGUCCAGAGGAGAUGCAGCUGAGAGAGGAGAAGCUGCAGGAACCAAAUGAAGAGGCAGCUGUCCAGAUAUCAGACUCAGACUGUUUACAACAGGAAAAUGGACCUGGCAGAGUCACUAAAGAGGAACAUCUAGACCUCCACCAUGCAGCAGAGGAGACACCAGCUUCAUCACUUUUGGAGGAAAAGCAGGUGAUGUCCUCUCUUCCGGGGGAGACCAUGCUGAGUUUUGGGGAGCUGCUCGUCGCUGAGUACCGAAAGAAAAAUCAGAUGGAUUUCAAGAUGUUUCAGCUUCAGAAGAGUUUCCAUCUGCAUAGCAGCCGGGGGAUCAUCCUGCACGAUGAUCUAGUCGGGCAGCCUGCAAACUGUUUCCGAAAGACAAACAAGGGUUUUCCCAUCUUCAUCCGUCGGGCCAGCCUGGAGGACUAUGUGCUACACAUGAAGAGAGGACCUGCAAUCACAUUCCCCAAGGAUGCAGCCACCAUGCUGAUGAUGAUGGAUGUGAUGGAGGGGGACUGUGUGCUGGAGUCCGGCUCUGGGUCGGGAGGCAUGUCUCUGUUUCUGUCCAGAGCAG